UUUUAAGACCUAAUCUAUCUACAACUCUUUUUUAUCUUUCUCUUUCUUUCUCUCUCUUGUUCUUGAAAAUGGGCCUCUGAAAAUUUGCAUGCAUCAUCUUGAAUCCUAAACAGUUCAAUUCAUUAAUCUCUUUCAGCCAAAAAGAAGACAUAAAUGGCUCCAAGGUCCAACAAAAGCAAAGGCAAUAAAGCCAAGUCAUCUGAUAAUAACAAGAAGAAGAAGGAAGAAAAAGUUAUUCCAAGUGUUCUUGACAUAAACAUCAUCACUCCAUAUGACUCCCAACUUGUUCUCAAGGGCAUCUCAACUGACAAGAUACUUGAUGUGAGGAGGCUCCUAGCAGUCAAUGUGGAGACAUGUCAUCUCACCAACUAUUCUUUAUCUCAUGAGGUAAAAGGACAUAAGUUGAGUGAUAGGUUGGAAGUUGUUUCAUUGAAGCCAUGCUUGCUAAAAUUGGUUGAAGAGGAAUAUCUUAAAGAGGAUGAAGCUGUGGCCCACGUGAGACGGUUACUGGACAUAGUUGCCUGCACCAGCCGGUUCACGAAGCCCAAACCGGCCGACGGACGGUCCAAGAAGAGUCCGAGGAACCACCACUCCGCCGUCGCCGUCGCCGGCAGGCCGCCGACUCCUCCGUCCAAUGGAGUGUCUGAGCUUUCGACGUCCGUUGGAGACGGAUACGAGAUGGCCACCAUUCAUCCAUCUCCGAAGCUUUCUGAUUUCUACGAGUUCUUCUCUUUCUCCAACCUCUCUUCUCCGAUUCUUCACUUGAAGAAGCUGGAGAAGAAUGAGCGAGAAGAGGAGAAGGAUGGAGAUUAUUUUGCAAUGCAGAUUAAGAUCUGCAAUGGGAAGAUAAUACAAGUGGUGGCAUCAGUUAAAGGAUUUUACACUUUGGGAAAGCAAUCUCUUGAAAGCCACUCUCUUGUUGAUCUUCUGCAACAGUUCAGCCAAGCUUUCGCUAAUGCAUAUGAAUCCUUGAUGAAGGCUUUUCUAGAACAUAACAAGUUUGGCAACCUUCCGUAUGGUUUUCGGGCAAACACAUGGCUUGUUCCGCCAUCAAUUGCAGAUUCUCCGUUGAAAUUCCUGCCACUUCCUGUGGAAGACGAGAAUUGGGGUGGCAAUGGUGGUGGGCAAGGAAGGUGUGGAGAACAUGAUAGUAGACCAUGGGCCACGGAAUUUUCUGUAUUAGCUAAUAUGCCUUGUAAAACCGAGGAAGAGAGGGUGAUCAGAGACCGGAAGGCAUUUUUGCUUCAUAGCCUUUUCGUUGAUGUAUCAGUUUUUAAAGCUGUAUCAGCCAUUAACCGAAUAAUUCAUUCCAAUAAAAACACAAACAUUACGUCAAAUGAUGCUCCAGGAUUGGUUUUGCUUGAGGACCGUAUAGGGGAUUUGUCUAUUACAGUCAAACGAGAUGCUACUGGUGCUUGCUUUAAACCUGAAGUAAAGGUUAUGGACAGUGGUUUAUCCAGCGUCUCAGCAAAGGAAGUUUCUCAAAGGAAUUUGCUUAAAGGGAUAACUGCGGAUGAGAGCGUAGUUGUUCAAGAUACUUCUUCAUUGGGCAUUGUAUUUGUAAGCCACUGUGGAUAUACAGCAACUGUAAAGGUUGUUGGUGAUGUGAGCAAGGAAAAAUCCAUGGCACGAGAUUUUAGUAUUGAUGAUCAACCAGACGGAGGAGCCAAUGCACUUAACAUAAAUAGCCUGAGGAUCUUACUUCAUGGACCACAUAAUGAUGAAUUACCCGGUGAAGUAGUACGAGCUCAGUCUAAUCAAAGUGACUUGGAGAUCUCGAGAUCUGUUGUUCGUCAAGUAAUCACGGAUAGCUUGAUGAAGCUAAAUGAUAUGUCGACUGUUCCUGAAAUACCCAUUAGAUGGGAACUUGGGUCCUGCUGGGUUCAGCAUCUGCAGAAGCAGGAAACAUCGACUGAUAAGAGUCCUAAAAGCUCUGAUGAUGAACUGAAUGUUAAAGGACUUGGAAAGCAAUUUAAAAAGCUCAAGAAAAGGGGGAAAAAAUCCAGCAUUGUUAAUGACAAAAAUGAUAAUGAUGAAGAUGAUUCCAGAUCCAUUAACAUUGAUGAUGGAAGCAGUUUUAAUAACUGUGCUUCUGAAAGUGUUGAGGAGUUGAAGAAUAUAAUUUCUGAUGAAGCUUUCUUGCGUUUGAAGGAAUCUGGGACAGGUCUUCAUCUGAAGUCGGCCGAUGAGCUGAUGAGUAUGGUGCAGGAGUAUUAUGAUACGAUUGCAUUGCCUAAACUGGUAACGGAUUUCGGUUCACUAGAGCUCUCCCCUGUAGAUGGACGCACUUUGACAGAUUUCAUGCAUCUAAGAGGGUUACAAAUGCGCACUUUGGGACGUGUGGUUGAACUUGCAGACAAACUUCCCCACAUAAGGUCUCUAUGCAUUCAUGAGAUGGUCACUCGAGCUUUCAAGCAUGUGAUUAAAGCGGUUGUUGCUUCUAUUCAAAGUGUGGAAGACUUACCUGCAGCUAUAGCUUCAUCCUUGAAUUUCUUGCUUGGUGUAACCGUGGCAGAGGAGGAUACUAAAGACUUGCAUGAUGAUCAUAAUCUCAAACUUCAGUGGCUAAAGUCCUUUAUAGAAAAGAAGUUUGGCUGGACUUUGACAGAUGAGUUUCAGAAUUUGAGGAAAAUAUCAAUUCUUCGUGGACUUUGCAAUAAGGUUGGACUGGAGAUACUUUCCAGAGAUUAUGACAUGGAAAGUCAAAACCCUUUCAAGAAAUCUGAUAUUGUUGCCGUUGUUCCCACAUGUAAAUAUGUAGGAUGUUCAUCAGCAGAUGGGCGGACAUUAUUAGAGUCAUCCAAGAUAGCAUUAGAUAAAGGAAAGCUAGAAGAUGCUGUCAACUAUGGAACCAAGGCAUUGUCCAAGAUGAUCGCGGUAUGUGGUCCCUACCAUCGAAUAACUGCAAGUGCAUACAGCCUUUUGGCUGUGGUACUAUACCACACAGGUGACUUCAAUCAGGCAAUGAUAUACCAACAGAGGGCUUUGGACAUCAAUGAAAGGGAGCUUGGCCUUGAUCAUCCAGAUACCAUGAAAAGCUAUGGGGAUCUUUCCGUCUUUUAUUAUCGUCUUCAGCAUAUUGAGUUGUCCUUGAAAUAUGUCAAUCGUGCUUUGUUCCUUCUACAUUUCACAUGUGGUUUAUCCCAUCCUAACACGGCUGCAACUUACAUUAACGUGGCUAUGAUGGAAGAGAGUAUAGGAAAUGUUCAUGUUGCACUAAGAUACUUGCAUGAAGCUCUUAAAUGCAAUAAAAAGUUACUUGGAGCAGAUCACAUACAGACUGCUGCUAGCUAUCAUGCCAUUGCCAUUGCUCUUUCGUUAAUGGAAGCAUAUUCUCUUAGUGUUCAACACGAACAAACGACACUACGGAUUCUUAAAGAGAAAUUAGGACCAGAAGAUCUGCGAACACAGGAUGCGGCCGCAUGGCUUGAGUAUUUUGAAUCAAAAGCCUUGGAGCAGCAGGAAGCAGCAAGGAAUGGCACUCCAAAACCAGAUGCAUCUAUAGCAAGCAAAGGCCACCUUAGUGUCUCCGAUCUCUUGGACUAUAUCAGCCCAUACCAGGAUUCGAAGGGAGGCGAUUCGCAAAGGAAAAGACGUGUGAAGGUGGCGCAGGUUAGCGAGAAAUUGCAAACUGCAGAGCAUGAUUCGAUCGAUGACAUUGUAGAAGAAACAAAUACAGUUGAAGAACUUUCAAAACCGGAGGAUAAUAAGCCAGAAUCGGUUCCUCAGAAAAAAUCCGAAAGCAAAAACAAUGCCUCACAUGAACUUACAGUUGUUUUGGGGGAAACUACAGAAGAAAUAAGCUCUGAUGAAGGGUGGCAAGAGGCCAGCUCAAGAAUAAAGCCCGGAAAUGGAGUUGGCAAGAAAUUUGGCCGUCGUAAACCGAAUCUUGCUAAAAUCAACACCAACAGUAACGAACUCUCUAACUUUCGAGACUGGAGCUACAAAAAAGAACAGAAGAACACGACAAAGGCCCCAGUUGCAGUAGAGCCAUCUCAACAAAAACAGCAGCCAAAGGCCAAUAAUAAUAAUCGUUCAAAGAUUCCCCAAACGACAUCUUCUCCUAACCGAGCCACUUUCCGUGCCAUCGCUUCAAAAUCCGUUUCAUACAAGGAGGUAGCUGUAGCACCCCCAGGUACAGUAACAAAGCCAUUAAUGGAUAAAAUCGAAGAAAACACGACUAAUCCACCACCCGAACCAUCAGAGGAAGACAUAAAAACAAUCCCCAUCAAUGAAUCAAGCCCAGAUAACAAAGAUCCAGAAGAAGACAACUUAACAGACAUUUCAUGUUCUUCAAAUAAUCAAGAUGAUAGUAAUAAUAAACAGGCGCAAACCAAUGGGAGCAAGCUCUCGGCUGCAGCACAACCCUUCAGUCCAAGCAUGCUUAUGGAGGAGCCAAUUGCGUUUCCGCCAGUAACUGCCAGAGUCCCUUGUGGACCCCGAUCUCCUUUCUACUACAGAACCAGUCAGUCUUUCACAAUGAAACAUGGAAUUAUGAAAUACCCGAACCCCGCUUAUGGAAGGAACGGUUCAAGUCUUACCGGAACAAUGAAUCCAAACGCGCCCGAGUUCUUUCCUAGAAAAGCGUGGCAAACUACUCCACAAAUGAAGGAAAUCGACGGAAAUGAUAAUAAAGGGGAUAGAACAAGGAGAAGCACAUCAGAUGCUGAUAAAGAAGAGCUGGCUCGUCAGAUAUUGCUAAGUUUUAUAGUGAAGUCAGUUCAAGACAAUAUUGAUAAUGGAAAUGAGCCUGUUGUUAGUAAGGAGAAGCGUGAGUAUUCAGAGAAUUCGUCUGAGGCAGUUGCGAAUGAUAGCGCGAUCAUAAAGAUACUUUACGGGGACGAAGAAGGAGAAGGGAAAACGAAAGCUAGCCCAUCUGAAACUGGUAAACAGGCGAAAACAUCGGAUGAAAAUGCAGAAGGAGAUGAAGAUGGAGAUGGAGAACGUUUCAUUGUUGUGAAGAAACGGAGAAGAAACAGGCAACACUUCACAAACGGGGUAAGUGGUUUGUACACGCAGCAGUCGAUAUGUACGUCUGUGCGCUGAAUCGAGUGUUGAGUUCAUAUGGAGCUUGCACACUCUUCUUCUUGUUCAAUGGUUUUGCUUGAAAAGGUAAAUCUGUUCAUCAAAUAAAUUUCUUCUCAUUCUGAGAUUGGAUUUUCUUUUCCUUCAAUUCUUUUUGUUGUGUUACUUUAGACCACAUGCACUACUCUAACAUCAGUAAAAUUAUAUUGCAAUAAUAAAUAUGAUGUUGGGGAAUAGUUUAUCA